CCUCUGAUGAAUGCGAUAAGUGAGAGUGCAACUGGACUGGGUGCAGUGGAGUCUGCUGUGUAUCUGCUCAACUGCUUCCACCAGCUGCACUCUACACUUUCCCUCCUCCACACCACUGGGGAUAAACUAGAGAUGAUCCAGGGACAGAUUGAUGCCCAGCUGGACACACUGAGCCAGGAGCAGAUCAAUGGGGUGUGUGUGUCAUAGCAUGGGAGUGGCCACCAUGUACCCACUGAUCACCAACCCUCCCACCACACCUCUCUCCCAGCACCCAUCGUGUCAGCCUUUGGCCAUACAGGCAUUCAUGACCAAGCUGGAUGGGUUCCUGGCUGCCCCUGACCAUCUCAUGCUGCCCCACACCAGGCUGCUGCUCUCCUCUUCCUUCAGACGGUCCCUGCAACAGCGCACAGCAGAGGCAGUGUGCACAGUUUACAAGCAGCUGCAUGAUAUAGUCCAUAACCCAACCCAUGGCUACACAGACCCCAGUUCCCUCCUGCCCAGUGACCCUGAGACUGUGAAAACCCUCCUCUCCUAGCAGGAAUGCUCUUGGCUGGGUCACUGUUGUUGAUUUGUUGAAGGUUUUGUCCUGUGAGUGGUAGAGUGACAGAAUGCAUUUUUUUUUUUUUUUUGUGUGUGUGUGUGUGUGUGUGUGUGUGGUGAGAGUACUCGUAACAUUAGUUGGGUCAGUCUUUGGUCUUGUUCUUGAAUAUAUUUCUUCUUCUACUUGAUGUAGUUUAAAGAUAUGUUGGUUUAGAUUUUGAUAGAUUUUAUUGUGAAAUCUCUUAUAUAUGUGUGUAUCUCUAUUUCUGUUUGUUUGAUGGCUGUUCCAUUGGGAGUAUUUAUAUGAAAUGUUUACACAACCUAUUUGCUUUGCUUUGACUUGUUUCUUUCUCUUAAGAUUAUCAAUAAAAGUUAACCAUUUAUGAAGUUUGUAUCUAUGAUGCACUGCAAGUUAUCAAAGAGAAACUGUUGAGAGAAACUUCCUGAAUUAGUGUUAAUAAAUACUUGCAUAGUUAAGAGUGAA